CCGUAACCCGACUCUGCCAUCGGACUAUGAAAUAUACGGGCGUUGCAAACUGACUGCCCACCAAAAAUUCAAUCCUCACCCCGUAAUCCACUAUGACAGCAACUCAACUUCGUAAUUAGAUAAUACCACCAAAAUAUGUUGAAUGAAGCAGUAACUGUUACGCGUGCUCAUAUAUUGGAUUAACUCUUUGUGGAUUUUGACGAGGAGUUUUCCAAAUUGACAUGCGAUAAAUUAAAAAUGAUCAAGGAUUCCCGCAAAUUUCAUUUCACUAAUUAUUAUGAGUACAAAGAAGUGCAAUAUAAGCUUAUUACCCGUUAUACAGACGUACUUGAUACGUACCAUAGCCGUAUUGCCACUAUCACAAUUAUAUUAGAUUUUUUGCACUUGUUUAUUCCUUCCAACGUCAAGAAGGAUUACGAUGCAAAGCAUGUCGUGCCAAUGCUUGUCGGUAUUGAUGUAGAAGAUAUGCCUGAGACAUUAGCUGUAGGGGAACCAAACGAAAAGCACAAGGAUGAAUUAAAAAAAUUCCUUUUCACAAAAAGUAACAACCUCGGAACAUGCCGUAGAAUCAUAAUAGCUAAGCUGAUUAUAAAGCUUCUUCAUCGUUGUUUUGCUGCGAAUGAUUACACAUACGCCAGUGUGAGAUCAAAUUGCAUCUCUUUUCUUAGCCUCUUGGUUGAACCUUUAGUUCCUUCUCUAACUUCAAAUACAGAAUAAAAACUACUUUCUAUCUUUUUUUUACCAAGUUGAUUUCCACUUAAUUUGUAAGACUUUUCGAUUUCCAGUCAAGAACCCACUUAAUUUCUAAGAUUUUUCGAUUCCCAGUCAGUCAGACACCCAUCUAAUUCGAUUCCCAGGGCAGAAAAAAAAAAGACAAGUACUUCUCUGCCGCUUAA